CCUCCCCACCAGCUCCACUCCCUCCUCCACUCCGCACCACACAGACCUGUUUCCUCGCUCCGGUGUUUUGACAGAAAACUAAACGCCGUCGGACCGUGUGACUUUCUUUCUCAAAAUUUGUGAGCUUUUUUUUUUUUUUUUUUUUAACCUCCUAAACCACAAGCAGGAGCAGCAGCAGUAACGGCACCAGGAGCACCACGACUCUCUCCCCGGGUCACACUUCACCACCAGUCGUUCAGGUUGUCGCGAGGCACCGGCGCAUAAGCUUGAAAGGUGAACGUGUGAACAGUGUUGGAAUGCAACAGGAUUAUCAUCUGACCUUAACUCAGAGGAGACAAAGCAACCAGACCUUUAGAUCACACAUUUUCUGAUCCUUGCUGCACUACAAUGCCUUUGAGGUUAUAAUGUCUACACUGAAGCACGUUAUUCUACAGGAUAAAGACCAGGAUGUUGAGAAGCAGCUGGACUGGAGUUACAUUGAGUGGGUUGAAAAUGAAGUUGUCACCACAGGUGUGUCGGAUGCACAGACACAAACUGACUGUGGGACUUUUGAGCACAAGCAGAGUCAGACCAGCAACCCGGUCAUAAUGCACAUAGAUCUCACACGGACACACUCCAAGCUGAGACAUUCGUCCCUGGUGGACACCGACGGCUUGGUAGCGCCUCUCUUCCAGUUUGACCGACAGGCCCCUGGACGCAUCUCCACGUCUCCCACCUUGAGGAGGAUGAGGAGCACCCGGCGUCCUCUGACGGGUACCUGGGAUCCUGUCAAAAUGGGGAGCACUCAGGAGGAGCCUUCCUCUGAGAGCGCAACCUCCCCCGUAAGCCCCCUGUCCCCGGGACACAGAGUCAAGUCUCCCCUUGCAGCAAACCCGCUCUCUGAUGGAGAGACCUGUCAGGAUCAUCAGCCCAUUUCAUCCUCUGGCCGACAGAGAACCAGAUCACACAGAUCAAUGACUUUUGACAACGGCAUCGCCUCUAAGAGAAAAGAAUGUCACAGUGCUCAUCCUACUCAUUCUAAAGAAUUUGGAUUUCCUGAUAGUGAAGUACAGGAGAAAGAGCAUUGCCAUAAUAGGCUUCAGGAAAGGAGACGGAGCUCUGUGGUGGUCAGCUUGCCUGGAUUGGACGUUUCACCAGGAGACCUUUUUGUAUCCAAUGGAGCGGCUGACAUGUUAAAUGGUUCAAACUUCUCUGAUACCAAGAAGUCAAAAUGGCCUUUUUCGAGGCGUAGUACGACUAAAGGGAAGUCACAGACAGGCACAGCAUCAGAUAUAGAAAAAUAUCUCUCAACAUCACAGAUACAAGACUGGAGAAACUCUGACCUUCAGAGGUACAAGGACUACUCUCUGGCAGACUUCCUGCGGGACCAGUCUUCCCAGGUUAGCGCCACCUCUGACCCUCAAAGCUUCAAGAGACAAGAGGCCAUCUGGGAACUCUUCACCAGCGAGUGUGUUUACUUCCUGGAUCAGCUCAUGGUUCUCAAAGAGGUGUUUUUGGCUACACUCUCAAACCUGCAGAUGAGGAACUGCCUGACUGAUAUCGACUCCUGGGGGCUAUUUGCAAACCUCAAUGAGCUUUGCCUGGUGAGCUUUGGUUUCCUGACCAGUCUCCUGCGCGUCAUCAAGGACACAUUGGAGAUCACUGAGGAUGACGGGCCCACCCUGCUGGAGCUGCUGAGCAAGGCUUUCCAGGAGAGCAUAUGCCACUGCCUGCAGAAGUACUGCCUCAACUACUCCACGGCUCUGCUUUAUCUGGACAGCCUGAAGCCCAGAGAGGACUUUGGAUCUUACGUGAAGUGGUGUGAGAGGAACCAACAAUGCCGGAGGCUGCAACUGCGUGACCUGUUGGUGGCGCCGUUGCAGAGGCUAACUCGAUACCCGCUGUUGUUGCGUAACAUCGCGAAGAGAUGCCAGACGGAGGUCGAGAACAAAGGCCUGCAGGUUAUAGCGGAGCAAGUGGACACAUCCAUAUGUGAUUUAGAGGGAAAGGUGAAAUGGCUGGAUAACUACCAGAAGGUGAAGCAGUUGAGAGACGCCCUGGUGUGGCUGCCUGUUUGGGAGAGAGACAAGCGUGCCUUCGUCCCUGAGAAUCUGAAACAUCUCUUAAAGGCCGUCACUCUGGAGAAUCUCAUUUCUCACAGAAGUCUGCUGCACGAAGGGAAACUGGUGCUCACAGAGAAUGCAAAGCUGAUAGAUGUUUAUCUGUUCCUGUUUGAUGAAUUCCUGCUGAUCACAAAGAUAAAGAGAAACAAGAAGCGGUCCAUCGGCCCAGAGCAGAAUCCUCUGAGGAUGCCGCAGAACCUGGAGCUGGAUCAGCUGCUGAAGGAUGGAUGCACCUUCAUGGUUCUGGACCAGCCCGUCUCUCUGGACCGACUCCAGCUCAAGAACAUCGAUCAGCUCAAUGCCUCAACAUCAGGGCUGCCUCAUUCUUUCAUAAUCAUGCACCAGAACCGCUACCAGCAAUGCAUCGGUGCAUUCAUCCUGCAAGCUGCGUCAGAGACUGCCAAGAGAGUGUGGAUGUCAAAGAUAGAGGGCGCUGUGACGGCGCUGCUGAAGCUGGACUCUCAGCAGCCGCGAGUCAAGAGCUCCUCACUGUGGCUGGAGUCUUCACAGAUAUGACCCAUCAAACAGCAGUUGAAGCCAUCUGAAACGUCUCUGCUGUCAACGUGCACUUCACUGUCUCUUGUAAAUGACUGUACUUGGCAUUAGGAUCAUUUUGUAAACUACAUGUUUGCCUUUAAAGGCAGCUACAGCAGUAGUGUACAAUAAAUACCCGAUUAUGUAGUAAAA